GAUGGAGAUUGGAGACUAUUUGUUUACACUGAAAACUCCACCGUUAAUAUUUGCCAAAGGCCUUGUGAUCAGUGGAUAAGGUUAGCUGGGCAGCCAUGAAUAUGAUAGCAGCAUUCGCAGGGUUUGCAAUAGCUUGUUCGGCCGCAUUUACCCUUCACGUCUUCUUCUUCUCCCCCAUUUCUCCCGACGCACUCCACCUCCCUUCUCCCUCUUCCAUUCCUUCCAACAAAGAGUUACAGAAUGUGAGGAGGGUAGGGGAGGAGGGCGUGAUUGAAGGGCCAGAGGAUCUUUUUGUGGACAAGGGUGGCGUCAUCCACACAAUAGGAAGAGAUGGCUGGGUCAGAAGGAUGCAAAUCCAUGGAGAUGGGUGUUGGGAAAGAUGGAAGCAGAUUCACAGCUACUCUGCGCUUGGUAUCACACCUUCCAACCACGCUACUGCUGGAGUUCUUAUUGCCGAUGCUCAAUUGUAUUACUAUGAGACGAAUUGCAAGAUGUAUAACACACAUGAAGUGCGUUUGAGUGAGGUCAGGUUUGCAGAUGAGGUGGUAGAGUCGGGUGAUGGGAGCGUGUACAUCAGUGUUCCAUCCACCAAAUUUGGGUACCACAACUGGUAUCUGGACGUAUUGGAGGCAAAACCCAACGGCCAGAUCCUCAAGUACGAUCCUUUCACUGGCCGGACCACCGUUCUGCUGGACCACCUGUGCUUCCCCAACGGGCUAGUGCUGCCCAAAGAAGAAGACUGCCUCAUCUUCUGCGAGACAUGGAAGUUUCGAUGCCAAAAGUACUGGCUAACCGGGGCACGAAAAGGGACGACUGAAAUAUUUGUGGACAACCUCCCUGGUGGCCCUGAUAACAUACAUUUGGCUCCCGAUGGCUCAUUCUGGAUUGGUGUAAUACAGGUAGUUUCGCCGGGCCAUGAGUUCGUGCACACUUCAAAGCUACUCAAGCACAUGGUGGCAUCGACUCCUCGGUUACUCGGACUCGUCUCCCGAGCGCCGACAACAAUGGCUAGAGUUGUCAAGGUGGGAGCAGAUGGAAGGAUCAUCAAGAUGCUUGAAGAUCCCGACGGUAAACUGAUGAGCUUUGUCACCACUGCGUUUGAGUUUGAGGGUCAUCUCUACUUAGGAAGCCUCGCCAAUAACUUCCUUGGUAAAUUGGCUCUUAACGUCACCAAAUAAUAAGAGCAAGACCAUCCCAUAGUCUAGUUCCAAGUUGGUGCUACAUUUGGUUGCCUCCAGAAAAGGGAUUUUUUGUUCCAAUAUAAUGGGGAGAAUCAAAGUCACAUAUCCCUCAAUUUUAGUGUGUUUGAUACAAUCUAGUUUAGAGUAGAAUUCACCAUAUUAUAACUCAUUUCAUAUUUUAUAUUUUGGUAUUAAUGAUUAAUUAAGACAAACAUUUUGAUAUAAUUUUUUAUAAUUAGGA